AUGUUUGCAUCAAUCAAUAACAAAACUUACUCUCAAAUGGUUUUCCUAAGAGACUUUCAGCAUGCUCGGUCUUCGUUGGGUGAACCCUCUGUUGUUAUGAAUGAUGACUAUAGCAAACCUAAAGAAGAUGACGAAGAUGAUACAGAUAAUGACGAAAUCAGCGACGAUGGUGAGGAUGAUGAUAAUAACAAUAAAAAAGAAAACUUUUUGGCUUUGUUUAUUUUAAAUCAUUUGGACAUACAGAAACUUCAAUCUCUAACAGGAUUGACUUAUAAAUCUAUGAUUAAAUGUAAAAUUGACAAUAGCAACUAUCUAAUUAUCUUUCAGCCACAACUCGAUCUUUUUAAACGUUUUAAUAAAAAUGAAUGGGCUGCAAGGAACUUUUUAACCUUACUUAGUGACUUCCGCUUAAAAUCCAAAUAUGAUUUGUCGUUAUAUGAGAAAAAUUCAAAGGCAUACUUUGAAAACAUUUAUAAACGAUUGGAUUUGGCUUGGGUUUUCCCAAAUCUCACAAAAAUUGUUAUUUUUGUCAACCAUAAAAGCAUUACCUCACUGGUAUUCCAUCACCAUAUCACCAACAAAAAUCAAAUUAUUAGAUCAUUUCAUACCCUUGGUACUCCUGAUGGUUUCCCAUUUAUUUUUGAAUUUAAACCUACGGAAAUUUUUUUGGGGUUUAAGAUUGCUGUUUCGGAGGUUGGAAUCACAGGGCUAGCCAUUGUUACUGAUAGUAGAUGUAGUCCAUGGUAUGGGAACUUCAGCAUUACUACAGGUGUUUUUGGAAGCUUCGAAGAUGUCUUGGUUCGUGAUGGGGAAAAGAUUGUUGCUGUUUGCGGUGUAUCAGAUUAUGGAAUAAAGUCGUUAAAUCUUUUGAUGUUGCCGUCGAACAAUUUUUAA